GGAGGAAACUUCUGAAUUGGUUCAUCGUGGUUACUAGCAAAAAUGACGGAAGAGAUCCCUGUUAUCCCUAAAGUAUCAAAUUUAGUUGUCCACAGCGGAAAUAUUGUGAACUGGAACAGACUGAAGCGACACCCAAAUCACGGAGCCACUGCAGAGAUUGCCGAAUGUAUUGAUGCCUCAUUGAAAGGAUUUUUGGAAACUGCUGACAAAACUGCACUUCAGUAUGAAACCAACUUGGAGUGUAGGUGCACAAAAUUUAUUGAACCACUGCCGGCGGAGGAAAGAGGCGACUUAAAAGUGACAGUCAAAGUAUUCCUGUGUAAAUCAUUGCCUCCUGUUACAAUCAAAGAGGGAAUAGAAAAGGUGUUAGCCGAGUUGAAUAUCACUUUCAUUGAGACUGUGUUGCUGGCUCUCCCAGAGUUAGAGGAGGAGGAGAAGGACCUCAGCUUGUCAGUGAUUCAGCCAUAUUGGAAGUUGCUGGAGGAGAUGGUGGAAGAAGAAAAAGUUCUUUCUCUUGGAAUAGCAGACUUGGAUAAAGAGCAACUUGAAGAACUGUACAACUGGGCCAAGAUAAAGCCAGGAAUUAAUCAAGUCAAUCUGGAAUCUUGUUGUUUCAUGCCAAAACAUCUGCAAGAGUAUGCAAAGCAGAAUGACAUCCAACUUCUGAGUCACAAUGAUGCCCGAGAUGUGUUACCCAAUCAGAGAUUAUGUGAUAUUAUCAAGAACAACACCACAAAAAAAGACAGUGAUUCAUGGGAAAUGUUGUGGGUGAUGCGAUAUUCUGUGCUCAUCAAAUGUCGGGGAAUCAUUAAAACAAAAGCAUACAUCACAAAAUGUGGCCGUGACACAAAGCGUGGGAAAUGACCUUUGACCUUCUGUAGCCUGUAACUGAAGAUGUGAGAUUGAAAUUGUUCUGUGGGUUAUAAUUUGUUCUUCCAUACAACAAACCUUACACAGUAAUUAUGUGAUUUUCUGACACAAAGUACUGCUUUGAUAUUAAGUGUGAGCAUAUUCAAGAUCAUAUUUUCUCUCAAUGAUUUACAUGGACAAUGUUUUUGUGAAACAUAUAACGGGGUAGGAAACUACAGCUAACCCAAAUGCUUUGGUCUAUUUCACAGGUGGGUUGGGACGAGAUAAUAAUAAUAAUAAAGCCUUUAUUUAUCCAGGAUUACAUAUUUAGCAAUAACGCUAGUUUUCAAUAUGGUCCUGCAUAUAACAUACAUACAGACAGAUAUUAGUAAAAUAAACACAGAUUAAAAGAAGUAGAAUACAUAUAAACUUAAGAAAUAAUUAUGAAUGUAAGAUAAAUAGAAACAAAAUGAAGCUUAAAGAGUAUGGUGAUAAUCUCUAAGAUAAUUUCUCUUAAAACACGCAACACUCGUUGAGUUUCUUAUAUUUUGACUCAAGGCAUUCCACACUGUGCUCCCUGAAAUGCUGAAAGAUCUUCUAUAAUAUUCUGUUUUUGCCCUGGGUUUUUUCAAUAUAUUUGAAUAAGAAUUUCUAGUUUGCCUCUGACUGACUUGUGAUACAUAUUUAAAAACAUUUAAAUAAUCUGGCAUUAAACCAUGUAAAACUUUAUACACUAAAAUGACUUUUCUAUAGACAAAGUAAUCUGAUAGAGGCAACCAGUUAAGUUCUGUAAACAUGACAUUAGAUGGUGUUUCAAAAUUUCUGAUGUUAAGAAUUACCCUUGCAGCUCGUUUUUGCAAUAUAAAAAGCUUAUUCACAUUUUCAGCAUUUCUUGGAUUGCUCCAUAUAGUACAACAAUAUGUAAAAUGUGGAAAAAUCAUAGUAUUAAAAAUCUUCAGCAGCGCAUCGUUUGACAUAAAAUAUCUUAUUCUUCUUAAAAUGCCAAUUCUCUUGGAAAUCUUGUUCAUAAGUGAUUCUAUAUGACUUUUCCAGGACAAAGUUUCAUCAAUAAUAAUACCAAGUAAUUUUGACUCCUGAACACAUUCUAUGACAUGGUUAUUUAUCACUAAAUUUAAUUUUCGAUACUUCGAUAAUUUUUGUGCCGAUCCAAUAAGCAUACAUUGAGUUUUAGAUUUCAUAAGAUAGCUGGCAGUUUGGCUAAUUUUAACAGCCUGUAUACAAACAACAAAUGUCACAAAAAAGCUUCAUGUGUAGAAUAAUAAACACAGCAUAAAACUGAAAAUCAGGACUGGCAGACUUGAAUCGGACUGACGAAUUUUUAUUGGUAUAGGCAAAAUAUAGAUACAAUUCAGAUGAAGAUUUAACAUUUAUUCCAAAGCACCUUCAGUGGACAAUGUAUAUAUAUAUAUAUACAUAUGAUUGAUUGAUUGUAUCUUGUUUAACGUCCCUCUCGAGAAUUUUUCACUCCUAUGGAGAGGUCACCAAUACCUGUGAAGGGCUUCAAAUUUUAGGCCUAUGCUCUGCACUUACAGCCAUUGAGCAGUGAGGGUUCUUUAGGGCGCCACACCUACUGUGACAAGGGACAUCCAUUUUAAAGUUAUUGCCGAGGACCUGUGGCAUUCACACCCGAUGCGAGCGUUUGGUGAUGGAACUGUCACUACCUGUUUAACGACUUGGGUCUGUUGCAGCUGACCUUCUGCAUGUGGGGUGAACGCUCUACCUCUAGACCACCACGACGGUCCGUUUUUAUAUAUAUAUAUUAGCUGGCAGUAAGGCUAAUUUUAACAGCCUGUAUACAAACAGCAAUGUCACAAAUAAGCUUCAUGUGUAGAAUAAUAAACACAGCACAAAACUGAAAAUCAAGACUGGCAGACUUGAAUCGGACUGUAGUAGCUCAUAAUUUCAUAGUUUCCAACCCUGAGCAUAAUGAAAAAAGUGAAGUGUUUUCUACAUAUAAAAUAUAUACACAGAAUGUUGUCCUCUGCUUGGUGUUUGUAGUAUACCAAUAUUAGUUAAUAGUUACUUAAUAUAUGGAGUAUACAUGUAGGUAUAAAAUGUAGGGUAAACAAUAUUAUGCUAGAGUCGGUGCAGAUUAUUUUUACUAUAUUUGUGAUUUUCUCCAUUGUUUGCAUCCUGUAUGUAUGUAUUUCAAUUGCUUUUAAUUUUUAAACUGAAGUUUUGGAGAUUUCAAAGUUAUCAAAACCAAUUACAGUUAAUCAAGUACAGUUUGUAACUUGAAUCAAAUAGCAAUCUGGAGAAAAAUUGAACCGGACAGAAAGACAUAAAACUUUUCAAAUAAAACACAUAAUGACUAUAAUUAAUGGAGAAGUUUAGAUGUAUACUUUCCAGGGAUAUUUUCAGGAAUAUUUUCUGAAUUAUUAUAAAAGUAACAUUUUGAAAUAAACAACUGUACAAUCAAUGAUACAAAUGAAUUUAUCCAUUUGGUGAUUUUCAAAACUCUUUACAUAAAAAGAUCAUUAGGUUUUUGUAUUUGAGGAUCAUGAUGUAUUGAUGGUAUUCAUAUUAUUUAGAACGUAUAUGCAUGGUAGACAAUUGGAGUGGAUGCAAUAUUAGCAUGAUAUAGAAAUUUUAAUGACAGUAUAAAGUCAUUAAAGGUUUGUCAUAUUGAUUUCAGCUUACCUGAACCAAAUACUCGUGAGGGUUUCUGAUCGGCAUUUGUCCAUUGUCUGUCGCUCUAUCAGUCUCCUAUCUUAUCACAAGUAUACCAUAAGCAUGGAUAGCAAUGAAUGACAUACAUGUAUAUAAAGAAAAUCUUAGUUAACAAGGCUACAAAAUGUGGAAUAGAUAUUCAAAGCAACGGCUAUAGUUUAGAUUCAAGGUUGUUUGUUAAAUCAUCUAGGGUGUAAGGUGAAUAAUGAUAUUUGCAUAUGAUUUAUUAAGUCUCCCAAACGAAGUUUGGAGACUUAUUGUUUUUGCUUGGUUCUUUUUUCUUCUUCCUCCGCUUCUUUCUUGCGCCUAAAACUGUCCGACACCGUUCUCCGAAACCAGUAGAUGAAAGUAAUAGAUAUUCAAGAACAUGAUAGGUCACUGUAUCUAGAAUUGCAGAAAUGUUUCUGUUUUCAGAUUGAGGAGGUUAGGGUACAUUUUAGGGGGAUCAAAUGGGGGUGGGGUUUAACAUAGAACUCUAUGGGGGAAAAUAAUUCCAAAAUUCAACUGAUACAACUUGACAUAUAUGAUAGAUGGAGUCCUGGGGUCAUUGGAAAUGAAAAGAGAAUGACAGGGUCUACAAAUCAAGGUCAAGUGACUCCAGUGACAUUGACCUCUGACCAUGAACAUAAAAACUGUUAUAACUUUAAAACUGGGACUAAUAGUGACAUGGGAUCUUUAAAAAUGGCAAGAGGAUGACGGGACCUAAAAACUAGUAUCAAAGUCAAGUGACCUUGACCUCUGACUUUAGAACAUAAAGUUUGUAUUACUUAAGAACCAGGUCUGAUAGAGACAUUGUGUCUUCAGAAAGAAUGAAUAGAUGAUGAGAUCUACAAAUUAGAAUCAAGGUCAAGUGACUUCAAUGACAUUGACCUCUGACCUUGAACAUAGAAACUCAUAUAUUUUUAGAUUGGAAUUGAUAGAGACAUGGGACCUUCAGAAAUGAUAAGAGGAUGAUAAGAUCUACAAACUAGUAUCAAGGUCAAGUAAGUCCAAUGACCUUGACCUAUGACCUUAGAACAUAAAAUUAGUAUUACUUAAGAACCAGGUCUGAUAUAGAUAUGAGAUCUUCAGAAAUGCUGAAUGGAUGUUGAGAUCUACAAACUAGUGUCAAUAUGAAAUGACUCCAGUGACCUUGACUUCUGACCUUGAAUAUGAUCUGGUAUAACUUUAGAACUGGGACUGAUAGAAACAUGGGAUCAUAAAAAAUGAGAGGAUGUUGGGACCUACAAACUAGGAUCAAGGUCAAAUGACACCAGUUUUACUGAAGGAAAAUGGGGAUAUUUUGAAAAAUUUCAAAAUCGUAGUCUUUGUGAUCUAGAUUUUUAAAUGAAGUUAAAAUUGGCAUGGAUUUUGUCAAGGGAGGAAAAUACUAGUACUCAGAAAAAGCCAUAUCUAUACAAACAAUACUGCAUUUGAGGGACUUUAUAAUUGGUAGAUUAUAAUCAUAUCUUGUUGAUUUUAUUCAAGCCAUAUCUAUACAAACAAUACUGCAUUUGAGGGACUUUAUAAUUGGUAGAUUAUAAUCAUAUCUUGUUGAUUUUAUUCAUGCCCCCAAAAUUGAGAAUUUCUGCCUGCAGGUGUAACCUUGGUCGUGACUUUUGAAUUGAACAAGAUUAAGACUUCAUGCUUUGUGAAUUGAAAGGUUAAUUCAGAGUUGAGUUAUUUGACUGGUAAAAGUCAAGGUCAUUCCUUAUGGUAAAUUUGGCACAAAGGAAUGUAUCCAAGGUAGUGGCAUAUUGGUCAAUCCACAGAUUCUUUUCAAAUUAAAAUGGAAAAAACAUUCAUGUCUAUUUUACAAUUGUUUGUUUUUGUGUAUUGUACAAUUGUUUGUUUUUGCAUAUUGUACAUUUGUUUGUUUCUUAUGUAUUUUACAGUUGUUUGUUUCUUGUGUAUUGUACAAGUCUUUGUCUUGUACGUGUCUUGUACGGUUAUUUAUUUUUGUAUAUUGUACAGUUGUUUGGUUUCUGUUUAUUUUGUUCUUGUGAUAUGGUACAUUUGUUUGUUUCUUGUGUAUUCACAAUUGUUUGUACUUGUAUGUUGUACAGUUGUUUGUACUUGUAUAUUGUACAAUUGUUUGUACUUGUAUAUUGUACAAUUGUUUGUAAUUGUAUUUUGUACAAUUGUUUGUACUUGUAUAUUGUACAAUUGUUUGUACUUGUAUAUUGUACAAUUGUUUGUACUUGUAUAUUGUACAAUUGUUUGCACUUGUAUAUUAUACAAUUGUUUGUACUUGUAUAUUGUACAAUUGUUUGUAAUUGUAUUUUGUACAAUUGUUUGUACUUGUAUAUUGUACAAUUGUUUGUACUUGUAUAUUGUACAAUUGUUUGUACUUGUAUAUUGUACAAUUGUUUGUACUUGUAUAUUGUACAAUUGUUUGUAAUUGUAUUUUGUACAGUUGUUCGUUUCUUGUGUAUUGUACAGUUGUUUGUUUCUUUUUGUCUUGUAUGAUUAUUUGUUAUUGUGAUAUGGUACAUCUGUUUGUUUGUUGUGUAUUGUACUGUUAUUUGUUUCUUUUUGUCUUGUAUGGUUAUUUGUUCUUGUUAUAUGGUAUAUUUGUUUGUUUGUUGUGUAUUGUACUGUAUACAUGUAUUGGUUGUUCUAGUGUUUGUUUGUAUGGUUUGUGCAGUUAUUCUUAUACAUUGUACAACUCUUUGUUCCUGUGAUUUGUACACAUGUUCUCACCUGUAUGUGUUGUACAGGUAUUUGUAUCUAGUGAUUUAUCGUUAUUCUUACAGUGUAUGCAUUGUAGAAUGUUUGAAUCUAUGAUUUGUACAGUUAUUCUUAUGCUCUGUAGAAAUGCUUGUUCUAGCUUAUUACACAGCUGGUUGUUUUUAUGUAUUGUACAGUUGGUUGUUCUUGUGUUUUGUUAAGAUGUUUGUUUAUAUGGAAUUUUAGAUAAUGUAUGGCCACAAGGGGUCCAUAGUCUGAAAGUUCCAUUCUCUAUAAGAGCAAGGUUACUCGGGUGGGCGUUGUGGCCACAGACUUCUUGUUUAAUUCACUUUAUUAUUCUAUAUGCAUAUGCCUUCAAUAUUAAUUGUUAUCGAUGAUUAAAAUCUUUAUUAUUAAGA